AUUCGGGUAAUUAAAGAAACUCCACAUCAAAUCUCUCCGAGUUGAGAAAAGAAAACAAAUAUUUUUUAAAAAAUGCAGAAGAGAGAGCAGGGCAAAUCUGGUGUCGCGGCUGGUGGCACCGCUGCACCACCGCCCAAGAGAGGCCGUCCCUUUGGCAGCACGGCAGGAAGCGCAGCCUCCGCUUCCGCAGCUGAUUCAGUGGCUCCCUCAAUUCUCCUCGGCCCUUCCCUCCAAAUCCACACAUCCUUCGCAGAGCAAAACAAUAAAAGGAUAGUUCUGGCACUUCAAAGUGGGUUGAAGAGUGAGUUGACUUGGGCUUUGAACACUCUCACAUUGCUCUCUUUCAAAGAGAAAGAUGAUAUGCGUAAAGACGCCUGCUUAGCCAAAAUCCCCGGCUUGCUCGAUGCUCUUCUCCAAAUUAUAGAUGAUUGGCGUGAUAUAGCCCUUCCUAAGGAACUUAGAAAGGGACAUAGAACUAGAACAUUGGGUGCGAGUUCUGUUGUAACUGGAUUUGGACAUGAAUAUCAGGCGUUGGGAACGAAUACCUUGCUGCCACAGUCAGGAUUAGGAUCAGGUUCUUCUGCUGUAGAACUGUCAGGGCAGAAGAAUUCAAGUAAAUUGCGUCCGUCAGAGUGGUGGUUUGAUGAAGAUGGCCUAUUUAAUCUAGAUGAUGAGGGUCGAGCAGAAAAACAGCAGUGUGCUGUUGCUGCUUCUAAUAUUAUUCGCAACUUUUCUUUCAUGCCAGAGAAUGAAAUUGCUAUGGCUCAACAUCGGCAUUGCUUGGAAACUGUGUUUCAGUGCAUAGAAGAUCACAACGUAGAGGAUGAGGAACUCGUCACAAAUGCCAUUGAGACAAUUGUAAAUCUGGCUCCCUUGCUUGAUCUUCGAAUUUUUAGCUCACCAAAACCGUCCUACAUUAAAAUAAAUGAAAAACGUGCAGUUCAAGCUAUCAUGGGGAUGCUAGGAUCUCCAGUCAAAGCCUGGCACUGUGCAGCUGCUGAAUUUCUUGGGCGCAUGAUUAUAAAUCCUGAUAAUGAACCUCUUCUGCUUCCCUUUAUUCCACAGAUGUACAAGCGUCUGGUAGAUCUUUUGAGUUUGCAGGCAUCUGAUGCUCAAGCUGCUGCCAUUGGUGCACUCUAUAACCUUGUGGAUGUAAAUAUGGACUGCAGAUUGAAGCUUGCUAGUGAGAGAUGGGCCAUUGAUCGUAUACUGAAAGUGAUCAAGACACCACAUCCAGUACCAGAAGUCUGCCGAAAAGCUGCAAUGAUAAUAGAGCACCUUGCAUCUGAUCCUCAGAACAGGACAUCGCUGCUAGCUUACGAAAAUGCAUUUGCGGAGAUACUCUUUUCAGACGGUAGACAUUCUGAUACAUUUGCAAGGAUUUUGUUUGAACUGACCUCUAAACCAAGCAACAAAAUUGCAGCAGCUCGGGGAAUCUGGGGCCUGUAAUUGAGACCCUGCUCUUUUUGUAGUUUUACACUAACGAAGUCGACUGUUAUAUUGCGACAUUGGCCCCUAAGCUGACUACUGAGUAUAGAUUUUAAGUUUUGAACUAAUCAUUAUUUAUGUAGUGCGUGUAAUUUUGUAUUGUUCCUGUAUUCGACUGAUGUUUUGAAGUUUGAACCCUCACGAAGCUACGCUAUAAAGCUAUCUCCUAGUAUUUGUAUACAUCAACCCAUUACGACAACCGAUCAUAAGCUGUUGUUUGUCUCCUCAUGCAUGACAUAUAGGGCAAGACGGCUAAACUAUGCUACUCAUCCCUGUAUUUGGUCAAUGGUCAACGGACACAUCAUUGAUUGUAAUUGAGGAAUUUUAAUACCAUUUAUAAUUGGACAAAAAUUUC